CAGUCAUGUAAGUAACCAAUGAGAGACACUCUUCGCAUACUGUAGAGUUCGUGCGAGGAGCUAACGACUGGUCUUGGGUUGCAAAAGCAACAGUGAGGUAUUGGGUCGUUGUCUUAUCAUUGUGGUCGUCCACAUUUUAUUUGAAAGACCAUGUCAAAAAAGACGGUCAAAGAUAUGAUAACUAGCGCCUUGGAAGAUCUGCAGAAAAAAGACUUAAAGAAGUUCAAACUAAAGUUAUGCGAUCGUCAAGAAGAGCCGCGCGUCACCAGGCGGUCGGUUGAAGAAGCCGAUGAGAUGGACUUGGCUGAUCUUUUAGUAAAGAUAUGUACGGAGGCAAAGGCUGCACAACAAACUAUUGACCUCUUUACUGAACUUGGAUUCAGUGAUCAAGCAGAAAAGCUCAGAAAAGGUAAGACAGUCCACGGUGACGAAAACGACAACUGCCUUAGGCAUAAUUUUGACCAGCUCUAUUCUAUAUGCAGAUGUAAAAACAUAUAUCUUCUACAAAUUGGUAAAUACAAACGCACAAUGCUCUCGAUUUCCAACAUGAAAGCAUAUUUAAAAGAAAGAGCAUUUUUUUUCAGUUCAAGUAGAUCACUUCCUGAAAAAAUGUUCUAAGGGAUGGGCUUCCAAUGUUAAGUUUCACUUUAACAACAGUCUUCAGUUUUAGUUUCCCAAAGCCAGAUGGAUCAUAAACUUGAAGAGUUUCUAAAAGAUAAUUUUAGAUAAGCAAUGCAACAGGAAAAUUUAUAACGCAUGUACACUUUCCAGUUAACAUUAUUGAGUCAGUGUACCAUUUUGUUUAGGCCUACUGCCACAUGAACUAAUAGCUAUCUACAAGCACUGUUUUUCAGUCAGAAAACCCAAAGACACUAGAAAAGAUCAUUAAUGUGGAAGGAUGUGCAAAAGGUUUGUGUAUAGGAAUAGCCUAUAUGCUGGUGUAAUUAUGGUUGCCUCUCUUUUCAUCCAUUAUUGAUAAUGCAACCCUUACAUGUUUAUACUUGCCAUUUGACUUUGUAUGAAGACAUGAAAUGUGUAUGACAAAUUGUUAGUAGGCUAUAGGGAGACAGACUGUAUGAAGUGUUGGUAUGUGCUGGAUAGGCCUACUCAUUGUACCUCUUUGUGGUUAGAUGCUGUCGCUGCAGCUGGUUCAAGUCAAGCCAAUUCUGAGAGCCGGACAAAAUAUAUGAUCGGAGAUCAGCACUUCAUCGACAAGCAUCGCAUUCAGCUGAUCGAGAGUAUCUCCACGGUGUCACCCAUCCUGGAUCGUCUGAUGUUUAAGAAUGUCAUCACCCAAGAGAACUACAGUCACAUCCGCAGAAAGUCCACCAGUAAAGAUAGCAUGAGGGAGCUCUUUGAACUAGGCAGUAUUCGCUCCACUACAAAAGGCAAAGACUGCCUAUAUGAUGUGCUUAUGGAGUUAGAGCCCUUCGUCAUGGACGACCUGAAGGAAAGGUCGUAAUGCCAAGGAUUGUUCGUCUGUGUCACUAUUAGUCAAAGUCCACCCCGUGAACAGGUGUGUGAUGGCCCACCAAAACAUGUGCUUGACUAGGAGUUCUCAAUCCUGCCUUUAGGGGCCCCCUGUUUUUCACGGCAUCCCUUUAUCCCUGCUUCAAGGACACGUGAUUGAAGUCAGUGUAAUUACAAUGCUAUUGAUUAGCUCAACCAGGUGUGCUCGGCUAAUCAAGAGUGACACUGAUGAUUUAAGUAAGGUAUGCAGAGCAGGUAAACAUGGAAGACAUGCAGUACAGAGUCACCAGUGCACAGACAGACUCUCCUUUAACAAAGACCACACUUCUGUGAUGACAUACCCACCCAAUUAAUGUGUCAGAUUGUUUGGUGGGGCUCUACCUCUAGGUGUCAGCCAUCUCACACAUAACUAGUCAUGAAUAUGUCAGUACUGUUGGUGUGAACACUAGCAGCAUCUAGGUCCACCAGAGCCCAAACACAAGAUAAUUACCAAGUGUGGGCAGACUUUGAUUAUUAGUGAUUUGCAUGAUGGGGAAGAUUUGUCUCAAGUACAUAUUUUCAUCAUCAUUCAUAUCAUUCCAUGUUUUUUAUCAAGCUCUGUGUCAAACUGAAACAUGUCAUGAUUGAGACUAUCCAUUGUUAUUCCUUUGCCAACUAUUCAGUUGUGUUAGUCCUUGGAUGUCCUGCAAUAAAAUUAAGUCGUCUGCCCAUAAA